ACCGUACUAUCUAAGAUCCAAGAUUUAUUCAAGGGUUCAACGUAGAUCAGAGUGACGCGUACGCUCAGAUCGAUUUCAGGCUAUAAAUUGGUUCACGCUGUAUCGGUUCCGCCCAAUCGUCGUCUCUCGCAAGAUCUCUACCCAAUUCAGCUUCUCUCUCUAUCGACCUCGUGGAAAAUCCAUGGAGUCUUUCGACUCAAUCCCUAAUCCGGCGACCGAAACCUUGGAUUCUCAAUCCCUUUAUUGGUCGGCCUCGCAGAUCCCAAUUCAAAGCUCAGCUGAUGCUCUGGUUUCAUCAGAUCAGAAUCCACUGCCUCCUUCGGAAACCCUAAUUUCACCUCAUCAACUUCCAUCCAAAACCCUAGCUUCUGUUGAAGGGAACCCACUGCCGCCAUCGGAAACCCUAGAUUUCUGUAACCAAAACCCAUCAAAUACCCUAGUUCCCGGUGGAAACCCCGAACUUCCUUCGCUAGCUAUGGUUACCGAUACCGGAGGCGUGGCUGAUUCUGUGGGUAAUGCCCAGGAGAAUGGAGAUCAUGGAAGCCAGCAAAAGGAGAACUAUCAUUUGGAUGCGGCCCUGAGGCCGCCCGAACUUGUGAAACCAUUGGUGUCGGAAAAUGGUGUUACCAAUACUCACAGUGGUACCGACAAGGAUGGCUCUGGAGGGGAGGAUGAGACGACCAGUAGGCGCAGGCGGCGUAGCCGUUGGGACCCGCCAGCAGACUCAAACAACCAAGGUGGUGACACUGGUGGUACAAGGAAGAGGAAAUCGCGGUGGGCUGAUGAUGAACCCAAGCCAGUGAUACAGUUACCUGAUUUCAUGGGAGGUAUUGAUUUUGACCCUGAGAUUCAACAACUUAACAGUAGGCUUCUUGAGAUUAGUAGAAUGUUACAAUCGGGUAUGCCCUUGGAUGAUAGACCUGAAGGUGCUCGAUCGCCUUCUCCUGAACCUAUUUAUGAUAACAUGGGAAUCAGGAUAAACACUAGGGAGUAUCGUGCCCGUGAAAGAUUGAAUAAAGAGAGGCAAGAACUUAUAUCACAGAUAAUAAAAAAGAACCCGACUUUCAAGCCUCCACCAGAUUAUAGGCCGCCAAAGCUUCAUAAGAAGCUUUUUAUUCCAAUGAAAGAAUACCCAGGGUACAAUUUUAUUGGUCUCAUAAUUGGGCCGAGGGGCAAUACCCAAAAGAGAAUGGAGAAAGAGACUGGUGCUAAAAUUGUGAUUCGGGGCAAGGGCUCAGUGAAAGAAGGGCGGUUGCAGCAGAAAAGGGAUUUGAAGCCAGAUCCUUCUGAGAAUGAGGAUUUGCAUGUUUUGGUAGAGGCAGAUACACAGGAUUCUCUUGAUGCGGCUGCAGGGAUGGUGGAGAAGCUCUUGCAGCCUGUUGAUGAAGUCUUGAAUGAGCAUAAGAGGCAACAACUUAGGGAACUUGCAGCCUUGAAUGGAACUAUUAGGGAUGAAGAAUAUUGUAGGUUAUGUGGUGAACCAGGGCAUCGCCAGUAUGCGUGCCCUUCUCGGACUACAACUUUUAAGAGUGAUGUUCUUUGUAAAAUAUGUGGUGAUGGUGGGCACCCAACAAUUGAUUGUCCAGUGAAGGGGACAACGGGAAAAAAGAUGGAUGAUGAAUAUAAGAACUUUUUGGCAGAAUUAGGAGGCACAUUACCAGAGUCAGUGACCAAACAAAGUUCUACGUUGCCAAUUCUUGGUUCAGGCAGUUCAGGAACUAAUCCUCCAUGGGCCAGUGGUAACAGUUCUGGAGGUCUUGGGAGUAUUUCACAAGUGGGCUUGGGUGCAAAUGGAGUUAAGCCUGUAAAAGAAAUUGAUGAUACAAAUUUGUACAUUGGGUAUUUGCCACCUACACUUGAUGAUGAUGGUUUGAUCCAAUUGUUUUCACCUUUUGGUGAUAUUGUCAUGGCAAAGGUUAUUAAAGACCGGGUAAGUGGAUUGAGCAAAGGUUAUGGUUUUGUGAAGUAUUCUGAUGUUCAGCAGGCUAAUAAUGCAAUUUCUAAAAUGAACGGUCAUCGUCUAGAAGGGCGAACAAUUGCUGUCAGAGUUGCAGGUAAACCUCCUCAGCCUGCUGUGCCUCCAGGACCUCCAGCAUCAACUAUGACAUCUUACCCUCCUUCUCAGCCUGCUUGCCCCUACCCAUCCCAGCAGUACACAGCUGGUGGGCCCCUUGGCACUGCACCUCCUGGGGGCUAUGCCAGUGCUCCUGUUCCAUGGGGACCUCCUGUACCGCCUCCUUAUGCUCCUUACCCUCCUCCACCUCCUGGGUCAAGCAUGUACACUCCUGUCCAGGGUCAGCCUGUCCCUCCAUUUGGAAUGCAAUAUCCACCAUCGAUGCCGUCAGUUCCUUCUGGUGCCCCAACUCAAACUGUAUCUUCUGGUGAAGCACAACAAAGUUUCCCACCUGGAGUACUGUCCGAAAAUAGUGCAUCUGUUCAACAUGUACCUGCAAAUAUAUACGGGAGCUCAAUGGCUCUGAUGCCUCCAAAUGCUCAACCUACAUAUGCAACAUCUUCAUUAGGUUAUCCAUGUUACUACAGCCUAGCUCCUCCCCCUCCUCCACCUGUACCCUCCUCGGGAAUUGACCAUUCACAGAGCAUGGGAAAUGUGCCAUGGGCAUCAAAUCCUCCGGUACCUCCACCUGUCUCAACUGCUGAAAAGGCAACCUAUGGUACUGAUACAGAGUAUGAAAAGUUCAUGGCAGAGAUGAAAUGAUGUGGUUCUAUUUCCAGAAUUAAUUGUUCAAAGGAUGUUUCUUGGGGCCCUUGUGAACCUGAUUUCUUACCUCUUGCCAUGACUUCUUGUUGGAAGUUUGCAACUCACAUCUUUAACCUUGCUGUACUGUUAUGAAUUGCAGACUUCAAUUCAAGUUCAGUUCAUCGGCACUAUAUUGGAGAAGUCGUCAUAAAGCAUCUUAAUAUUUGGAUCUCCUUUUGCAGGACUUAAUUUUGUUUUAUUGUGGAUGCUUAUUGCCCCCUAUGCAGAGUCUGGGAUGCUGUUCUUUUAUUAUAUUUUGUAUGAGCUUUCUUCAGUGGCAGGUUACUGACCUUCUGUGUUAUUAUUUUCUGUUUUUAACUGUUGGGGCUUGUUAACCAUUUUAUUUUAUUUUUAUUUUUUUUCCUUUAUUUUUAUUAAUUAAUAAUUUUUAUGAUUUA